UCUUGGCCGAGGACCCGGGCAGGCAGGGGAGGCCUUCGGCUUCAGGCUCGGGCCUGGGGUGAGGCAGGGAGUUGAUCCCUGCCAGCGGCGGGUAGCCGCAACCUGGCGCCCUGCCCGACGGAACCACGGGGAGGACCGUUCCGGCGUCGGAAGACUGAAGGCGAUGCCUUCUACCUGCCUUUGCGCUCAGAGACCACAGCGGACAGCUGACUUGGGCGGCUGGGGAUGUGCGAACCGACGGGCUUUCGGGCCAGACAGUCGUAGCUGAUUCGGGCCGCCGCGAUUAAGCAGAAAACGCUAGGCUGGCCCCCCGCCCCCGGUACAGCCGUACGCAGGCGUCCUGCCCGAACCGGGAAGGCCAGACAUGGAGCGCCCGUCCCGUCCCGUCCCACAUGGGCUGGGGCGAAGUCGCUCCGUUCUGGAGGGGCCGGUUCCGUUUCCCCCCUCCGAGGGGAGGGGGCGGGAAGUCCGAAGCGGGGAGCACUGCCUGCCUCCGCGCCGCUCCCCAGGAAGCGCAGGCGGACCAGCCCCCCUGCGGCCGCGUUCCCCGUUCACCCGCCCUCCCCGGAUGGCCGAGCGCAAGCCGCCGCCGCCUCGUCACGACGGGGCCACGCGGAAGUGCGGAAGGCCACCACGCCCCCUCGGCAGCCCAGGCGGGAGGCGUCCCGUUCGGCCCUGGAAAGCCCCGCGGCUCUUCCGGCUGCUCAGCCUCCGCUUUCGGUUUGGGAAAGAGGAGGGGGAGGAGGAGAAGGAACAAGGAGAAGGAGAUGUCGGCGGCAGGCGCCUGUUGCGGCGGCUCCGGCCUCGGCCUCGGCCGCCCGCGCAGCCAGCUGGUGCUGCCGCUGCUGCUGCUGCUGCUGCCACCCCAGCCAGCGCUGGGAAACGAGGGGGGAGCCGCCGGGAGCUGCCAGUGCGAGAGGCACAGGGAAGAGCCGCUGCUGGUGACGCGCUUUCCCGACCGGCUGGUGGCCUGGGAGCCCUGCAGGGGUCUGGUCAGGUUUACCUUUCCCAAGAAGCGGGUGUGCGGCUUGGCGGACGACCCAUGGGUCCUCCGGCUCAUCUCUUGGAAGAGGAACAAAAGAAAGGGGGCUGCGAGGCCCAGCUCCUCUGAGAGGUGUUGCCAGCCCAGCGCCACCAGCAGCACCCCAUCUCUGCCUCUGAGCUCCGCGGGCCCAGCCCUAGGGCUGCUGAGGGAGACCCCACAGUCACAGCAGGCGCUGGCCUUCACGACCGCAACUGCUGCCCCUGCCCCUGAAACCUGGAGGAGCACGGCACUGCCCUGGAAUGAUGCCGUUGCUGCGGGCAGCCCCAGCCACGUCCCGCAAGAGGGCCUGCCAGCGCAGCACAACCAGGCUCCCAUCCUCUCUGCGCUUGCAGUCGUCCUUCUGGUGGCUGGGACCGUUGGCCUGGUGUACUGGCGGAAGCCCGCAGGGAGACGCCGGGCAGCCCUGGUCCUUUGAGCUAUGGGGGAGCCCUUGCCUCACUCCUGCCCAGGUGUGGCUGGGCAGCCCGCUUCCAGUCCCGGAGCAGAUGUAGCAGCUGGGAGGAUCCAGCCUUGCCCUGUGUGCAGAUUCUGGGGUGUCUCAACACUGAUGAGUGCUGGCACUUUCUUGCAACCGCAGCUAAGUUUUUUGUGGCUUGCACUAUUCUUAUGGACCUUUGACUUUUCCUUUUGUACAAAUAAAAAAUAUUUUUGUAGAAAAA